AUGUUGCUGGUGAGAAGGGUAGUUUGUUGUGUUGAUUGUGCAGACAGAGAGGAAUUUCCCGCCGCGACAAUUUUUCUUAAAAUUCUGGAUGCAAUGCAAGACAAAUUAGCUGAUGUCGCGUGGCCAGCUGUCUCAAAUAUUUUUUUCUCCAAAUACACUCCUGCGAUUGAUAUAUGGAGCAUAGGAUGCAUAUUUGCUGAGAUGCUUGUAGGAAAACCACUCUUUCCUGGGAGAAAUGUGGUGCACCAAUUGGAUCUCAUGACUGAUCUGCUUGGUACACCUUCUGCUGAAUCCAUAUCAAAGAUUCGGAACGAAAAGGCAAGGAGGUACCUUAGUAACAUGCGCAGAAAGCAACCAGUUCCUUUCUCAAAAAAGUUCCCCAAUGCGGAUCCUCGGGCUCUUAGCUUACUUCAGCGCCUACUUGCAUUUGAUCCAAAAGAUCGCCCCACAGCUGAAGUAGCAUUAGCUGAUCCAUAUUUUUAUGGUUUGGCCAAUGUGGAUCGUGAACCAACCACCAAACCAAUUUCAAAACUAGAAUUUGAUUUUGAGAGAAGGAAACUGGCAAAAGAUGAUGUCAGAGAGCUGAUUUAUCGGGAGAUAUUAGAGUAUCAUCCACAGAUGCUGCAAGAGUAUCUUCAGGGUGCGGAGCAAACCAGCUUCAUGUACCCAAGUGGUGUUGAUCGAUUCAAGCUGCAAUUUGCACAUCUGGAGGAACAUUAUGGUAAAGGCGAAAGAAGUACUCCACUUCAGAGACAACAUGUUUCUUUGCCUCAGUAUGCUUCAUAAAGUUUUAGGAAUCAU